CUUAACCCGUGAUUGCUGGGGCUGGCUCGCUCCUCAAGGGGCCGUCGUUCUUUUACAAAGAGGGGUGGAGGUUGUUGUUGCUUCUUUUUUUUUUUUUUUCUGAAUGAAUGGAGGGCGGCGGCGACUGCUGCAGCUGGCUCAGCUGCACGGGCUGUACCCCCUCCCAGCCUUCGAGAGGAGGUACCUAGCGGAGGGCUCAUACCAAGAAAACCUAGAAGUGAAACAGGAAUGCAGACCCUUUGAGAAUAACUGCAUGAGCUCAGCUGGAGCCAGCAGCUCAGAUCGGCAUUCUAGAACUCAGAAACAUGGUGGAGAGCCGCUUCACCAGCACCAUCUGCUUUGGGAUCCAGCGUGCUUAGCGUUUCCCCGGGACUCUCUCUCUCCAUACUUACUGCAAAAUGGAGAGGAAGAUGAGGGUAGCCAAGAGUGGUGGUGGUGGCCCAAGUGUGAGAGGUUAGACAAGAAGAAGAUGCGGUAUCCACCCCUGCUCUCAAGUUUUAUACCCUUCACCGAGUGCCUCAUGAACCCGCAGCAGGUGUCUGUGUUCUCGCAGCCAAGUCUGCAUCCCCUGGCCGCCCUCUCCAUGGGACGCGAGGAGUCUCACCCACACUGUGCGGCGGGAACCAAAGGCUGGGGUCGGAUUGUCCCAGAGGGAGGCGGGGCUGAUGGCGGUGGCCGAGGAAGCAGAGUUCAGCCGCCAGAGGAGUGGAGCCCCAGCCGUGAGUGCAGCCGUGGGGAGGAGGGGCCUGAGGUGGCCACCGGCACUGCCCGGACCACGGAGUGUCGGAAGUCCCUGGACACAACAUCUCUGCUCAUUGAAAGUGCAGAUGCGCCACUCAGAGCUUUGCCCUUGGACCUGGAGAAUGACAUCUGGUUUCACUUAAGAAGUCAUUUUUGUUCUCCAGGUGGAAUUCAGAUUAUUCUGUGGAAAAUUGAGAAGCAGACCUGCCCCUGGUGUGGGGCCGCUGCAGCAGAGGUGGAAGAGAGUCUCCGCUUCUGCUCCUGCCUCCCAGUAGACCAGUUGGCUACCGUGGUCUGCUCCGAGAGGAGGCAGCCUCCACCUGGCCGCAUGGGGACAGGACCAAAGCCAGAGCCUUGGCAUCAAGACGGCCUUCUUCCUUUUGCUCCCUGGACUUGGGCUGUAUCCUGGGGCACUGUGGACCUGUGCCACUACUGUGUCAACAGCGGGCCCCGCUCCUACUGA